AUGUAUUUAAAGUUCUACCUAGGGGAGGACGGGAAACGGGUCUACACUCUACAAAGCAAGGGGCCCUGUGGUCAGUGCACUUUAACUGCCCAACCAGCGCGGUUUUCUCCAGAGGACCCUUAUUCAAAGGAGCGUAUUCAACUCAAGAAAAGAUUCAAUCUCAUCUAG